AUGAGCUCAAAAACCAUCAAAGAAGCUGUUACAGCAGCUGGAAGAAUGCUUGGCUAUGAUAAAAUAAGGCCACAUCAACUCCAAGUUAUUGAGGCAUUUGUGAAGGGCCAGGAUGUGUUUGGCAUAUUGCCUACUGGCUAUGGCAAGAGCUUCUGCUAUGCCAGCCUUCCAGCCAUCUUUGACCAACUUCUUGGAAAGCCUGGCACCACCAUUGUACUGGUUGUUUCUCCUCUCACUGCAAUCAUCAAAGACCAGGUGGCUAGCUAUUCGUCCAGAGGGAUAUCUGCUGGUUACUAUACAGGAGAUUCUGAUAAACAAAUGAAAGAUGCUGUUUUGAGAGGUGACUACCAGCUUAUAUACAUCACUCCAGAACUACUCAUAGGUAGUAAUGUUUGUCGAAAGAUGUUGACAGGAGAAGUGUACGAACAACGGCUGAAAGCGUUUGUGGUGGAUGAGGCGCACACAGUUAAAAAGUGGGGGCAGACUUUUCGCAGAGUAAUGGAGAGAUUGGGAGAAAUCAGAAGUUUGUUGCCACCUAGUGUGAGAGUAAUGGCUCUGACUGCCACUGCAACAAACGCAGUACGAUGUUCGGUCACCUGUACUCUAAGGAUGGACAAGCCUGUCGUUGUUGCAUUAUCUUCUUGUAAGGCAAACCUGGUGUACAACGUUGGAAAGUACACCACAGUGGUAGAAACCUUCAAACCUUUGUUAACACGUAUAAGGAAUGACAGAGAUAAAUGCCCAAGAACAAUUGUGUACUGCCAAUCGUAUAAUAUGUGUGCCAAUAUUUACAUAUAUUUGUCUAGAGGUUUGAGUUGCGAAUUGACUGAACCAGUGGAUGCUCCUAAUAUUGCCAAAUUUCGAUUGGUAGACAUGUUCACAAGUGUAACUGAUCAGGCUCACAAAGAUACUACAAUAUCUCUGUUCACAAAACCCAGCCAGUUGCGUGUCGUUAUUGCCACAGUGGCAUUUGGCUUGGGCAUCGACUGUCCGGAUGUACGAGAGAUCAUCCACGUUGGAGUUCCAGAGGAUAUUGAAUCGUACAUUCAGGAGACUGGUCGUGCUGGAAGGGAUGGAAAACCCUCAUUGGCAAUUCUACUCAAAGCAAGAGUGUACCAUGCAUGUGAAGAAGGAAUCAAGGAAUAUGUAGAUAAUGAUUGUCAGUGUAGGAGAGACCUUCUCUUUAAAUCAAUGGAUAACUAUAAACAUAGACAAAUAGACAGUAGUAGACAGUGUCUUUGUUGUGACGUAUGUGCUUUGAUUUGUACGUGUGGCUGUUGCUCCAGAAACCUCUCUUCAUUUGUUUUUUUAGGUUAAAUUUUCAUAAUUGAUUAUUGAAUGACAUCGUGAA